AUGUUACCUAUACUGAUUUUUGCUGGUCUUACCAUCGCACAGUCUUUCGGUGAGGCUCAAUCGUCUCAAACAUUUGUCAGCACACCUGAACUUUACGCUCCUAUUCUAUCGGUCAACAAAUCUGAUGCACAACUCGCCAAUGGACUUUUACUUAUGACCAGUCAAGAAUAUGGGCCACUCUUGAUGACGGACUCCGGGGAUUUAAUUUGGAAUGGGCCUUCAGGACAUGCAGGUAAUCUAUUUGUCCAAUAUCUGGACGGUAGCCCAGUCUUAACUUACUGGAUUGGAAUUGGGAGCAAUCUCGCACACGGAUACGGUCGGUCAACGGGAUGUAGUCUUGAUUUGCACGAGUCCUUCCUGACGACACGUGGUACCAUUAUUUCCACCGCUGUGAAUGUUACUACAGCAGACUUGACCUCGGUUGGGGGACCCGAGGUUGGAUGGGUAUACGACAAUCUUUUCCUUGAAAUUGACAUCAAGACCAACGUCAUUUUGUUUGUAUGUAGUGCCCUUGCAGCAGGCAUCCCUAUCAAUUCAACCAAGCAGGCACUAUCAUCGACGGGUACUUCGCAAUCGAAUCCCUUUGAUUGGUUCCAUUUGAACUCCGUAACUACAUUGAAUGAUGGCUAUCUUGCCAACUCGCGGCAUACCUGGUCUUCGUAUGCCUUGGAUUCAAACGGACGUGUCAAAUGGACACUUGAGGGGUCCGCUGGCGGAGAUUUUGCCUUGCCUAUAGUGGCUAACUUUUCUUGGCAGCAUCAUGUUCGAGUGGAGAACGAGACUUCGAGUUCCCUCUUACUGCACAUGUACAACGACAUGAAUGCAUCAGGCGACCUACCUUCGAAUGGCCUACUACUAUACCUGGAUCUCGAAAACUAUAAAGUUACCCUGAAAAGUCUCUACAUGGACCCGAAUCAGAAGAUAGCCUCUACCUCUCAAGGCUCCUAUCAGCAGUUGUCCAAUGACAACGUGCUCCUCGGGUACGGAAACCAGGAAUACUUCAAAGAGUUUAGCCUUGAUGGAGAUGUUGUUAUGAAUAUCUCAGGCCUAAGUUCGUAUCGCGUCUAUCGACAGACUUGGGAUGCUUCACCGACAGGAUACUCGCCAAACGUCAUCGCUAAGCAGGGUCAGGGCUGGGUCAGUUGGAAUGGAGAUACAAAGACGACUAAGUGGGCUAUUUAUGCUGGCAGCUCGAACGAUUCACUAUCGCUGGUUGCUGAAGUAGCACGCAUUGGCUUUCAGACUCAGUUCAAUCUGUCGAGUAGUGCCGCCUGGGUGCAGGUGGGGGCGUUUGCUGGAGAACUCCAUUUGAAAAACUCGAGUGUUGUGGCGGUUAGUCACUGA